AUGUCCAAAGCGCUCCAAAUCACCUCGGCGGGAUGGCUGCUCAUCUCGCUGGGACACACCACGUCCGCCAAGGACUGGCAGGCAAAUGCAAAGUUCCAGACCCUCCCGCGUCUCUCGUAUGCCUGCGCAAAAGUAGGCUGGUACCAGGGAAGCGGCUUCUUCAUCAUGAACGGCACGUCCACAACCGCUCCCUAUAACCCGGCGCUCCUACGGGACCCCGUCCAAAAGGCCAUUGCCGGAGCCAUGAUUGCCAUCAUGUGGGCGAGCGGCUGGUGGUACUCGAAGAAUGGGGCAGCGAGCAACGCUGUUGCUGUUGGGGCUAUUGGUGCUCUGCAGGGCUAUUCCGCCUUUACCAUCUGA